UCAAAGGAAACGAGGUGUCAGCUUCUUGUGGGGUAUGUAAGGAGUCUAAUUAUGGACUGUUCUAUUUAUGUAUUGAAUGCAAUGUAUAUUUCCACUUGGAAUGCGUCCGUUUCUCACGAGGUAAAUCAUCCUUGUCAUUCGAAUCAUCCUCUCAAGUUAAUCGCUUUUGAUGCACUUACUGAUGAUGCCGAGAAGACUUGUAUUUUAUGUGAAAAAUACCCAAGAAAUGUAUGUUAUCAUUGUUACAUUUGUGAUUUUACCUCUUGCCUUCGUUCCACCAGAAUCCCACCUCCCCUUGUUGUUGAGGAUAUAAAGACCCACCAACAUCAACUUAUUCGCAUAUCUAAGAGAAUCUCAUAUGCUUGUGAUGUUUGUGGGCUGAAACGCGACACAAAAGACUAUCAUGGAUCUUAUAUAUGUCACCAGUGUGAUUUUGUUGUCCAUGGAAUGUGUAUUGGCUUGCCCCGUGUCAUCAGCAUCAAUCGUCAUGAUCACCGCAUUUCUUUCACUUAUCAUAUUGGUCCUGAUUAUUCAAAAUGUGGAGUUUGUCACCAAAGUAUAAGUCAACACCAUGGGGCUUAUUCUUGCUUAGUUUGCCCGAACUAUGCAGUCCAUUCCAGAUGUGCAAUAGAGCGUGAUGUAUGGGAUGGUGUAGAGUUAGAAGGGAUUCCAUAUGUUACAGAAGAUAUGACACCAUACAAGGUGGUGAGUGAUGGCUUGAUCAGUCAUGUUAGUCAUGUCGAACACCCUUUAAAGUUACACAAGGGCAAUAUCCUUUAUGAUCAUGAGUGGAUAAGAUGUGAAGCAUGUAGAGAUCCGGUUGGAUUUGACUCCGUCUUUGUCUGUGAGAAAUGCUGCUUCCUUCUUCAUAAAAAAUGUGCUAAUCUUCCCAUGAAGAAAAAAUUUAUCGUGGACACUGAGUUAUACAAGUUGGAAGUUGACAAUCUUAGAGUUGCAAGCUAUUGCUCGCAGUGUGCAACAUUAUCUGAUGGGUUCAAUUAUUCAAGUCAUGAUGAAAAUAGGAAAGUAGACGUUCGGUGUUUUUCCCUUUCUGAGCCAUUUGUCCAUGCUGGCCAUUCACAUCUACUAUAUUUUAGAAAGGCAUAUUACAAGAGGUCCAUAUGUGAUGCAUGCAUGAAAAUGAGUAAUUCUCGUUUUACGCUCGACUGUGAAGAUUGCCGAUUCAAUUUGUGUUUUUUUGUGCUACUUUGCCUUUAAGGACAUGGCAUAGGACAAAUGAGCAUCCUCUCAUUUUAUGUUGUGACAAAAAAGCGGGUGGUCAAAGCUGGUGUGACAUUUGUGAAAGACAAUUAAAUCCAAUGUUAUGGUUUUAUACAUGUUCUAGCUGCGAAGUCGCCAUACAUGCUAAAUGUGUAAUAUGAGAUAUCUCACGUAUUAAUCCAGGAAGCAACAUUGAAUUUGGGGGGCCUGAAUUUGGGUGAAGGAAUAAAAUCUUUGAAGCUGUUCCUAACAAUCAAAGCACUCGGCCAUUAUGCACUAAAUGCCACUCUCGAUGCAAGUUCUCUAUCUUCUUAAAGGAGAA